UUGGAAGAUUAGUAGCGGAAGUGACGUUCCAGGACGGAGCGGGAAACAGCGGCGCUGUGGAGCUGUGUGGUGGUUGUGGAAGCAGCUUUUCAUAAAGAGAGUUGUCAUUUCUCGUUGGCGUUUGGAUCUCUCCAUUGAGACGUUCUCGUAAGUUCAUGAGCCAUGCAGGCUUUUUUCAAACCAGCUGGUGUCAGCAAACCUCUGAAGGAUAAAGGGCCGUCUGGGCCCAGUGCAGAGAAGAAAGCAAAGUCUGUUCCUUGGGUAGAAAAAUACAGACCAAAAUGCGUGGAUGAGGUGGCCUUCCAGGAGGAGGUGGUGGCGGUGCUGAAGAAAUCUCUAGAAGGAGCAGAUCUUCCUAACUUGCUCUUCUAUGGCCCACCUGGAACAGGAAAGACUUCCACGAUACUAGCAGCUGCUAGAGAACUUUAUGGGCCGGAGCUGUACCGGCAGAGAGUGCUGGAGCUGAACGCCUCGGAUGAGCGAGGCAUCCAGGUCAUCAGAGAGAAAGUGAAAACCUUUGCUCAGCUCACCGUGUCAGGAACCCGUCCAGACGGAAAGCUGUGUCCUCCUUUUAAGAUCAUCAUUCUGGACGAGGCGGACUCCAUGACGGCGCCGGCGCAGGCCGCUCUAAGGCGGACUAUGGAGAAGGAGUCUCGAACAACCCGCUUCUGUCUCAUCUGUAACUACAUCAGCAGGAUUAUUGAGCCCCUAACAUCCAGAUGUUCCAAGUUUCGGUUCAAACCUUUGGCCAAUCACAUCCAAGAAGAGCGGCUGCUGGAGAUCUGUGAGAAGGAGAACCUCAAAUACACCAAAGAGAGUAUUGCAGCACUGGUGCAGGUGUCUGAGGGAGACCUGCGGAAGGCCAUCACAUUCCUGCAGAGCGCCGCUCGGCUCAACGUGGACAAGGAGAUCACCGAUAAAGCUAUCGUUGAGAUAGCAGGGGUGGUUCCUUCCAAAAUGAUCGAGGGCUUGCUGCAGACAUGUUUCAAGGGGACGUUUGAGAGACUGGAGGUAACAGUCAGGAACCUGGUGAAUGAAGGCUAUGCAGCCACUCAGAUCCUCAACCAGCUGCACGAGGCGAUCAUAGAGAGCGACCUGAAGGACAAAGACAAGUCCAUCAUUACCGAGAAGAUGGCGGUUGUGAGUAAGUGCCUCUCUGAUGGAGCAGAUGAAUACCUGCAGAUGCUGAGUCUGUGUUCUGUCAUCAUGCAGCAGGCCUCCCAAAGCUAAGACCCCUCACAGCUGUCAACCUUCACACCCCACACUCUCUCCUUUUCAACAUGUAACGGACUCUUUCAUGUAUGUUUUUGUCAUAUUUUGGAGAAAAUAAAUAGACUUUUGUACCUUUCA